CCGCCGAAAAAAAAGCUCUCAAAGAAGGAGAAGGCACGGUUAGAGGCCGAGCAGGCCGAGCUGCUGCGCAUUGAAAUGGAGAAGGAAAGACAACGAAAACUCGAAGAGGAGCGCCAGCGUCGCCAAAUUGAAUUUGAACAAGCCAAGCGUCGGCAGAAGGAAGAAAUUCAAGAGAAUAAAAAACGCCGCGCACAACUACGCAACAGCAUGGCCUUCUUCAUGGAGGUGCGCGAAGUGACGAACGGCAUUAAGGCACUCGAGCAGGAGGAACGUGAAUGGGAGAGAUUUAUGCGUUGCAAUGGACUGCCCAACGCCAAUAGUCCGAGCGACUUGCGACGCUACAUUCAUCAAUGGCGCAGCGAUAUGGAGCGACGUGAGCGUGCAUCACGCAAUUGGCUGCUGAACACCAACGAACGUACGCUACUCACGCAAGACCUCGAUGCGCCAGAUUUAUCGCGUAAGAGUUUGCGUUUGCGGCAAGGCAAUGCGGGCGAUGUGUAUGCGCAGCGAAUACGCGAAGUUUUGGGGAUACUUAACGAACUAGAUGAGGCCAUAGUUGAUAAAAAGAAGCCACUACAUAUCAUUGCCGAUCUCAUUUGCCUCAAGAUGGAGAUUCGUGUGCUUUUGAGUGAGCAUUUAGAUGAGUUUACCUAUAAAACGAUGUCACACAUCGAUCGCGAUAUGGAAAUCGAUCGUCCAGGCGUUUUCAAACACAUUUAUGAAUCAGGCGUUUUCAAGAGUCACUUUUGGACCUACUCAAAGGAUGCACAAAUCUCUGCUAAUCCCAAGGCACGUAUCGGUGAACAGGCCACUUCCAACGACAUCGAAUUCCCAGCAUUGAAGCUACAAAUCGCGCUACCACUCUCCGUGGAACUACAAAGCUCAGCUAUGCGCGGACUCUGGUUAGACUACGAUCAUUAUAGUGAUUACUGCGAUAGCUUUAAUGCAAAACGAGAUUUGCCGGAAUACAUAAAUAUACUGCGCUAUACCAAAAAAGAGUGGCGUAAACGCAAAGACAUCUUACAGAAUAUGCUGGAGGACUGUAAUAAGGACAGCCCACUGUCCGCUGCUGGUGUCGCUGAACACGAUAGCUCCACCGGCGCUAAACGCGAACGCAGCUUUGAUGUAGAUAAAAUCUAUGCCGAAUAUGAAGAUGAGCUUAACAAGGCACGUCGGCGUGCAAUCGGACCUGAGGGCUAUAACUUGACUGGUACUGACGUAAAUUUGCGCAAAUACCGCAUUAUCGGCGGGAUGUAUCGCAUUGAUUACUUGGAGACGCCGCAGCAGGAUAAACGAUUAAAUGAACGUUCUUUUAUACGAACCAUUAUUUCACCGAAUCGCUUGAACCAAAAGAUAUUCUACCAAAGCUACAAACCACCGCCACCACCCCAACCGGGUGUACGUCGUUUGCCUGAGGAAAUUGAAGCGGAGAUGCGCAUGGUUGAAGCGGCACUUGACAAAUUGGCAUUGGUCAGCUUGGAGCUGCCCGACUCGGUGAUUUGGUUUGAACCACCCAUUGUUUGCCGCUGGGAGACCCACUUCGAAACGUUAGAAUCAAAUUUGACGGAUGGUGCGAAACCACCACUUGGCAAUGCCGCCAACGCGCCUGCCACCUCCACCGAAGCUACGCCACUCUCAACCACUACCAAUACCAGUCCCUUAAGGUCAACAAUAGCAUCUGAUUUGCUGGUCACCGCGGCGGAAGCGGUGGGUGUUGUGCGUGAGGUCACAGACUUCGAUCUAUUCAACAUACCGCGUGGCAUUGACAUCUAUGGUUUGCUGCAAGAUUUUGUCGUGCCACGUUUACCGCCUGGCUUCUGUCUGCGCUGGGAGAAAUCAACACCAAUGCUGAGUAGCAAAGUGAUGGCCCGUCAACAACGCAAACAGAAAAAGAAACGACAACGAGAAGGCGUUGUUGGCCAACGAUUUGUUUUGUUGGCACGACACAAAAGUGUCAACAGGCCAGACGAGAGUGACAUCUGGUCGAAUGCAACAGUGGCAGCUGGUGGUUGCAAUGAGGGCAAAUUUCAAGUGCGUCAGGAAUAUAUAACGAAUGACUAUCUAGAUUGGGAUGAGCCGCGUGAACUCUUUCCAGCCGUCGAACCGAAAAAGUUGAUUAAGUUUAAGACAUUUGCAAUGGGCAAGCAAUCGCUGGCUCUGAGGUCGAAGAGUGAAGAGGAUAAGCGAAAGCAAGCAAUAAAUGGUGGAGAUCAAGAUAAACACCAAAAGAAUGGAAAUGGAAAGAAUGGUGUUGAAACAAAGCGUGUGAGCAUAAAUGGUGUUUGCGCACGAAAUGGUACAGUAAAUCUUACUGGCAACGGAUGUGGUAAUACGAAUCGUAAUGGGAAGGGGAAUGGUCAUGGUAAUGGUAAUGGUAAUGGACAUGGUCAGAAUGUGCAAAAAAAUUUAAAUGGACAGAUAGAUGACAAAGCUGGUGCAUUGAGUGUGAGCAACACCAGACGCAGCUCCAAACAAGUAGGUGAGGCGAAGGAGUCUAAAGUAGGAGCGGUGCUGGAGACGAAGACAUAUAUGUUCUCCAAAUUACUUGAAGAUUUGGAUCGUCUUGCUGAACUACUGCUGCCACUGCAAACGGAUGCGCUCAAAAAAAUUUCCGCCAAUCUCACCUCGCCACCCGCAGCAGCACGUGAUGUUGGGGCAACUAACGCCAACGACACAGCAGCUGCUAAUGGCGAAGAGACAGGCAGGCAAGCGGAAACACUGCAGCCCGCAUUCACCUACUAUCCGGGCUUUUCGUUUCUACGUGAUUUGGAUGCGAAAAAUGGUGUAGAUAAUAAAGGCGCAACUGUCGAGCCGGAAGUAGAAGACGAAGAAAGCAGCACAGACGAAUACGAUGAUGAUGAUGACGCGUAUGAUGGCGAUGGUUGGGAUGAUGAAGCGCUCUUAGAAGACUAUCAGGCAAGUGUACGUAACGGCGAAGCGCUAGCAGCAAACUUGAACUCACUGCUCAGUGGUGGUGGUGGUGGCGGUGUUGGUGGUGGUGGUGCAGGCGGUGGUGAACAGAAGACAUUGGAGGGUGUCAGUGGUGGAGGUGUUCAAUCGACUAUUGCUGCGGCGUCAGGCGGUCUACAACAGCUGCUCGACAAACACAAUCAAAGUGAGAGCGGCGGCAGCAGCGAUGGUAAAAAAUAUAAAGAUUCGAAUAUGAUUGCACUGACCCAGGCCAAAUGGAGUACACGCGAUGUUCAUGAUACCAAAUUUAAUGAGGAAAAGCUGUCGCUACAAUUUCGCACAGGACGUUUGGGCAUAUUUGGGUUGGCUCUAAAUCGCUACAGCAAUAUGCCGUAUCAGACUUGGGAAAUCAGGCCGGAUUUCAAAAGUCCUGGCACGAUCUUCUUCUCCUUUACUGCCUCUAUUGUCAGCCUGGAUAUGAACAUCACUUCCACCGGUUAUUGUGUGAAUAAUUUUCAAGGAGGCAGCACACCAGCCAUCAGCGAGAUGCUCGGCAAGACCUUAUCCCUCGCCGAACUGAAAUCAACUCUCAUUGCCGCUGCCGUUGAUAUAUUUCCUGAACCCGACACUUUCUGCUACACUGAAGGCACUUGCGAGAAGAAUUUCGUCAUGGAAAUGCACUUGUAUGCGUGCAUCUCGACAUUGGUGCAGUCCCAUAACUUCAGUUGGUCCCGGUGGAAUCUCUUAGCGGGCAGCCGUACGAUUGUGUUGCUUAUGCGCGAAUUGAUCGAGGGCAAGAAAGUGCCCUACCACUCCACCUUGCUGGUGACGCCUUUGAAGACUGCCAUAAUCGACUGUACCGAAGUUUCGCCAAGUUUCAAUUCAGCUGGCAUCGCUGGUAUGGACUACUACGCCGAUCUUUAUCAACUUUCACAAGUGUAUGCGCAACCCAGCAGUCUGGAAAAACAACGGAAUAUGGAUCCGAUGUUGCGCGAAAAUGUGGCACGUAUUUUGAUGGCCAUAAGACCAUUAAGUUUUUGUUAA